AGAGAUGUUGGACGUAUAUCCAUCCAUUCUUGUCUAUAAAUAUGACGUUCAUAUGUCGACAGGCGUCAGUCAAGUAUUGUGAUUCUUUUGGAAUAUUUUUCACGCGAACUUGCAACAUGAAAGCUAUUUUCGCCAUCGGCUGCCUCUUUCUUCUUGCGGCGGCGGUACGCUCUGGCGACAAUGACGAAGCGUUCAAAACUUUGAAAGAUGACAUCAAAGCGUGCGCCGAAGAGCAAGAAAUUUCGGAAGAUCAGUUACAUAAGUUCUUCGACGUAAACUUGGAAGGCGAUGAAAAACAGACAUGGGGAUGCAUUCAAGUUUGCGUUAUGAAACGUUUGAAUACCUUCGUAGAUGGUCAUAUCGAACCAGAGAAUUUUAGAGAACAUUUGGAGAAGAACCCUAAACAUACAGCCGACGAAAUUACAGAGAUCAUAGAAACAUCAAAGAAAUGUGUCGACGAUGUUGCGGAAAUAUCCGACGAAUGUCAAAUGGCGUACGAGUUUUCAAGUUGCUUUGUGAAACUGGCUAAUUAAAAGAGAUUUCGACUUCCUUUCGAUUACUUCGAUAGAAACACACUGGAAUUACUAGAUAAAGAAUAGCAAAAUUUGGCUAGUUAGUUAUAAAAUGAAGUACAAAAGUAACUGAAUAAAUAUCUCACCUUGAAA